CCGCCCACUGCUGCUGGCUGCUCUCUGCUUCUUUUCCCUGGAGCUGGAGCUCAGAACAGAUGCAGAGCCGCCCCCAUCCUGACUGUCAGUCUGUACCCUCCUGGGUCCCAGCAGCAGCAGGAAGAGGAGUAGGAGGAACAGAGGGAGGAGGAGGGGAGAGGAGCACAGCGGCCGUGUCCUCCUCGUUGGGCGGCUGCCGCCGGCGUCUGUUACCCAGCACUGGGUGCUACAUCCUCCAGCACACACCACACGGCUCACCAGAGGAGACUGAGGCUCUGUGGGAGCCCGGACUAGGACCAGGACAGGGGGACACAGUCAGACACACGGCAGCGGCCAUGGAAGUGGAGGAAGGGAGCCGGGGUCCGGGAGGAGGGAUAGGGCCAGGAGAUGUAACGGUCCACAAGACCAAGAGAGGGGAGCGGAAGAGGCAGGAGCUACUGGCCUUCGCCCUGAGGGUCAAGUUGGGGAGCAGGAGAACGUUACUCUGGAAGCCUCUAAAACUGUUGGCUUCCUGUCCACAGAUCACCACUUCUCCUCUGGUACGGCACAGCACCCUGAAAGAAUGCCCCUCCGAGAAGCAGAGCUCCUAUGACAAGAUCCACAACUUCAAGGUUCAUACUUUCCGAGGGCCUCACUGGUGCGAGUAUUGUGCCAACUUCAUGUGGGGCCUCAUAGCCCAAGGGGUCCACUGCUCAGACUGUGGGCUGAACGUACACAAGCAGUGUUCCAAGCUGGUGCCCAGCGACUGUCAGCCAGACCUGCGCAGGAUUAAGAAGGUGUUCAGCUGUGACCUCACUACCCUGGUCAAGGCCCACAACACCACACGGCCCAUGGUGGUGGACAUGUGUAUCAAGGAGAUAGAACUACGAGGUCUGCAGUCUGAGGGCCUCUACAGAGUGUCUGGCUUCUCAGAACACAUUGAGGACGUGAGGCUCGCCUUUGACCGAGAUGGCGAGAAGGCAGACAUCAGUGCCAAUGUGUACAAUGACAUCAACAUCAUCGCUGGAGCUCUGAAGCUCUAUCUGAGAGACCUGCCCAUUCCAGUCAUCACAUUCCACGUGUACUCCAAAUUCAUACAAGCUGCAAAAAUUCCCAACCCAGACACCAGACUGGAGGCCAUCCACGAGGGGCUGCUGCAGCUCCCACCAGCCCACUACGAGACCCUACGCUACCUGAUGAUGCAUCUCAAGAAGGUCACCAUGUUUGAAAAGGACAAUUUCAUGAAUUCUGAGAACCUGGGGAUUGUGUUUGGUCCGACGUUAAUGCAGCCGCCCGAACAGAACGCCCUGGCCACUCUGAACGACAUGAGGCAUCAGAAACUCAUCAUACAGCUCCUGAUAGAGCAUGAAGACGUCUUGUUUUGAAGGACUGGAGCCCUGUCUGUUGCUGGGCAGGAUGGGCUGGAGCCCUGUCUGUUGCUGGGCAGGAUGGGCGGGAGCCCUGUCUGUUGCUGGGCAGGAAUAGGAUGUUUGAUUUAUUCCAUACCAGAGGAAUCUCAAGCCAUCAUGUCUGUCAUCAUAUGAAGUGUCAAAAUUCCCAAAUGUUUCUAUUGUGGUCAGAUUUGAGCUUCCAUUACUUCUCUCCCAUAAGCAUGAGUGUUGAAGUUGAGUCUGUGGUACGUCAGUCAGACAUCAUGUCUUGUUCCAGUAAGGUCAAAGGUUGUCCAUCCUGCCAUAUUCUCCUUAAGAGGAACAAGGUACUGGAUACGUCCCAAAUGGCACCCUAUUUUCAUGACUUCUGAACAGGCCCCAUAGGGCUCUGGUUAACAGUAGUGUACACUAUAUAGUGAGUAGGGUGCCAUUUUAGAAAAAGCCAUUGAUUCCAACAUUUUCACACACCUUUCAUGGCGUCAAGUAGCCUAGCGGUAAGUGUUGGGCCAGUAAACGAAGGUUGCUGGUUUGAAUACCCGAGCCAACAAGGUUAAAAAUCAGUCAAUGUGCCUUUGAGCAAGGCACUUAACCCUAAUUUGCUCCAGGGUCGCUGUACUACCAUGGCUGACCCUGUAAAACAACACAUUUCACUGCCCCUUUCCGGUGUCUGUGACAAUAAAAACAUGUUUCCAUAAAUCCAGCAUCAUCACACUAACACAUUCUUCCUGGUUGAUGUCUGUCUGUAUAGUGAUUGUCUGCUCAAGUGUGUUCGUUGUGUGCUUAUUGGUCAAUGAGUCUCAUGACUCAGUAACUGUGUGAUCCUGUAGGGUGAGAUAUGGAUGGAUGGUCUAUGUCUGUAUGAAGCACUGUGCUGAUCAAUUUAUUUUGUGAAGAUUUCUUUGUUUUCAGCAUCAUGUGCUUUUUUUCCCCCCCCCUGAAACUGAUAGGUUGUCAAGGAUCUUCGAUGUGUUACAUUGUCAAAAUACAACAAAACCCUAAAGGAAUUGGUAAACAGAGCAGGUUCAACUUGUAAGGAAAUGCUUAGAAACAUAUUUUGAGUGGCACGGUUGAAGUUCCAUCUGCAACUGUUUGCUGGUACUAUAAAAAUAGGCCGAGUAUAGUGUAUGGUUUGGGUGAAAUGUGUGUGAGCCUAAAUGUUUACAGAACUUUUAAAUCAAACUUCUCAUUCUUUUAAAUUAAUUAAUAUAAUAUAUAUAUUAAUAUUCAUACUUUAGUGGAAUACCAUGGGGUAAUAUAUGUAUAUACAUAUACACACACUGAACAAAAAUAUUAACGCAGCAUACAAUAAUUUCAACAGAAUUUACUGAGUUACAGUGCAAAUAAGGAAAUCAGUCGCAAUAACUGAAUUAGGUCCUUAUCUAUGGAUUUCAUAAGACUGUGUGGCCCUUAUCUAUGGAUUUCAUAAGACUGUGUGGGCCUAUGUCCUCCCAGCCCUACCCAUGGGUGCUCCCCUGCCCAAUCAGAAUGAGUUUUUUUCCCCACACAAGGGCUUUAUUACAGACAGAAAGACUCCUCAGUUCUAUCAGCUGUCCGGGUGGCUGGUCUCAGACGAUCCCGCAGGUAAAGAAGCCGGAUGUGGAGGUCCUGGGAUGACGUGGUUACACGUGGUUGUGAGGCCAGUUGGACAUACUGCCAAAUUCUCUAAAAUUAUGCCUGCUUAUGAUAGAGAAAUGAACAUUCAAUUCUCUGGUGGACAUUCCUGCAGUCAGCUUGCCAAUUGCACGCUCCCUCAAAACUUGAGAUAUCUGUGGCAUUGUGUUGUGACAAAACUGUACAUUUUAGAGUGAACUUUCAUAGUCCCCAGCACAAGGUGCACCUGUGUAAUGAUCAUGCUGUUUAACCAGCUUCUUGAUAUGCCACACCUGUCUGGUGGUUGGAUUAUCCUGGCAAAGGAAAAAUACUCACAGGGAUGUAAAUAAAUGUGUGCACAACAUUUUUAGAGAAAUAAGCUUUUUGUGUGUAUGGAACAUUUCUGGGAUCUUAUUUCAGCUCAUGAAACCAACACUUUACAUGUUGCGUUUAUAUUUUUGUUCAGUAAUAGCUACUCGUAGACUGCCAAACAUCUAGUAUGGGUAAGGACUAGACCUCGUGUGUUCUGACACUAUUUGACACUACUAAAGUCAGGAAACAUGAAGUGUAAAUGUUCAGACUAUAAAACUGCCUGGAGCAGCUAUAGGUGUUGUGGAGCUCGCCUUCUCCAAACAACGUCAUGGCGACAGAGUUUACACAUUCUCUGUUUUCCAUUAUUGAUAAUAAUUGAAAUCCUUUCUACGAAUCCAUUUUAUUAAAAGUAUUUUUGUGAUGGGUGCAAAUUAAGAUUGUAAUUGAUCAAAUGCUGAUUUAUUAAAAGGAUGUAAAAUGACAUUUUGAUCAAUCUUUUAUGUGUACGUUUAGGAUAGGCCACAAUUCAAUUGCUCAAAGCAAUGUCUGCGUCAUGGUGCAAUGCAAUCACAACACACACGUACUCUACCACACCUUCAAUAGGACAACGAUGGCUCAAUAGCGCUGGUGCUGAAGAGAGCAACAAUGGUGGACGCCCUGUACCUGAGGGUACACACAUGGAAUGUGUCUCAAAUGGCACCCUAUUCCCUAUAUAGUGCACUACUUUUGAACAGGUUCCAUAGGACUGUGGUCAACAGUAGUGCACUAUGUAGGGAAUAGGCUGCCAAUUUGGGACUCAGACAUGAUUAGUCACCCUGUUUCUAAAUGUAAGGGUGUGGAGGACUUUGCAUGUAUUGUUUCUUCUGUGUGUAGUUCUCAGAUACUGUGUUACUCUGGCUGUCAGGUCAGGUAUUCUUCCUGCAGGCUUCCAGGGAGGUAACUUCUCUCCCAGUUUUACGUGCACCAAUCAGGUGUGCAUGGGUGGGGUUUGGUUUGUAGGCAAUAUAGACAGCUGUAUUCCGAUACCUGUAACAUUUGUUGCCUCUCAGUGACAAGGAAUACAUCAGAAGUCAGUUAUUUACAGUCGUUUUUCUACUUAAAACAUUGGCCUUUGUGUAGAUUCAAGCCUUGAUUGGAUGUUGUAAAUUGAGUCUUCCAAGUGGAUGCAGCUGUAAACAACUUGGAAUCUACACUGUCUUAGAAGGUCUGUGUGCGGGUCAUGUUGUCCUCAGCCGAGGACUAACCUCACGUUGAACCCCCUUGGAGAUACUAAAGGAGACACCAGAGGGCUGAAAACAUACAGGUGAAACUUAAUGGUCCAGAUAUGGCAGCGCCUGUGAGAUACCCUUGGUGGAGAGCAUUUGUGACAAGGAAGAGUAUUCCAACAACCCAAGAAUCUGGUGAGACCCAACCUUCUGGGGAGAAGAUGUCUCCUAUCUCCUCCAAAUCUACCCCGGACUCAAAGGGAAACGAAACCUUUCCAGAUGCAGAAACCUUUGACGAUACAGAGUUUGAGCCAAUGUUCAAUGAGAAAACCUGUAGACGGAAUCUCAAAGUUUCACGUUCUGGACGUUUUAAGGAGAACAGAAGAGUACGGGGGACCAUACCUGACAAUAACAACUUCAGUGGAAGUGUUGCUGCGACUGCUGUUGCUGAGUAGUCCAGGCUACAUCAUGAUCAUUAUACCUGCCAGACUGCAACCUGUUAUGGAGCAUUGAUGAUGAAAUAUUAAUAUAUUUGGAGGCAUUUUUUAAAGAUAUAACUUUCAUAAUGUUCAUCAAUUGCGCCUAUCACCAGGUUAAUAUAUUAGGUAUACACCUAAUUCAUAAUAUGUUUAGGCCAAUGAAGCAUGGAUACGGAAUAGCUAUGAAGUAUCAAAUAAUUGUAAAGAAUGAUUUCAUAAUCAUUUUAUAGUGAAUUCAGGAAGUAACUCCGUCCGGGACUCAAACCAGGGUCCGGUAACUGUCAAGCUAAGACCUUAAUGCCAAGAGUUCUGGGUUAAGGUUACAAUAUUACCACCUUCCUUCAGGAGAGUGUCCCCACACUUCUCUAUACCAAGUCUCUCUCAUGUGUACACGCCUCUCAAAUGGGUUCACGGGCACCAUCCCACUUCACUAGGUGUGGGUUAAGGUCUCCUACAAUAUCGAUUUUCAAGUAUGUUUUCAUAUUUCAUACACACACAGCCUAAAGCACAUGGUAUCUAUUGUUACAAAUAUAUCCAGCCAGGGUCAAUAAUUUAUUUUGUCAUUUGUUUAAAUUGGUUUUUGUGUGUUUGUUUUCUUGAUAUGAAGGACUUGAGGUGGUUUGAUAUGAAGGACUUGAGGUGGUUUGAUAUGAAGGACAUGAGGUGGUUUGAUAUGAAGGACAUGAGGUGGUUUGAUAUGAAGGACUUGAGGUGGUUUGAUAUGAAGGACAUGAGGUGGUUUGAUAUGAAGGACAUGAGGUGGUUUGAUAUGAAGGACAUGAGGUGGUUUGAUAUGAAGGACUUGAGGUGGUUUGAUAUGAAGGACAUGAGGUGGUUUGAUAUGAAGGACAUGAGGUGGUUUGAUAUGAAGGACAUGAGGUGGUUUGAUAUGAAGGACAUGAGGUGGUUUGAUAUGAAGGACAUGAGGUGGUUUGAUAUGAAGGACAUGAGGUGGUUUGAUAUGAAGGACAUGAGGUGGUUUGAUAUGAAGGACAUGAGGUGGUUUGAUAUGAAGGACAUGAGGUGGUUUGAUAUGAAGGACAUGAGGUGGUUUGAUAUGAAGGACUCACAUACAACCAAACUUUAUUUAGAUCAUGUUGGAUUAAUCUGAUUAUGUUCAUACUGUACUAGGCUACCUAAGGUCUAGUAAUGCACUAAUUCCUAACCAUUUUUUGGUUACUGUAUCACCAACUGAGUUUUGCUCUGCCUAGAGUACCCGCUCAUGUGUAUUGUACCAGUAAACCUAUGGUCUCAUGAGUCUUCUCAAGUACCCCUGUGGAUAGACCAGGUGCCCCCAGGGGUCUUAGUACCACUGGUUGGGAACCACUGCAGGAAUGAACUCUGACAGAGGAUGCGAAUGAAGGAUAUGCCAGCAUGUACAUUAGCUAGUGUUCAGGAGAUUGUAAUAUUACAUUUAGUUGUUUACAUCACAUAAUACUUUAAAUGUAAAAAAAAAUGAAAUAAUCUAUUUUGUACUGCAAUGUACGUACACACAAACGCGCACACUCACUCAGGAGUUACAUAUGACGUUAAUACACCUUUGUUACAUAUUUAUUGUGGAUAAUAUAUUUACUAUUUAGUCACGAUCUCAAAAUAUUUGUUUUGAAUGGACUAUGCCUUCUGUCAUCAUUGUUACCAGUCUGCUAAAAGAUUACUUCAGAGAUGUAUAUGAAGAAAAAACAUCUACAAUAUUGUAAAUAAAUGUGUAAAUAUGUUA